AUAUUAGCAGAUCCACAUUCUUCGGGACUUCGUCGAAUAGACCAGGACAGUGAAACAUUAAAGAAAGCAUAGUAACUGGGAAAAAGUUAAUUUUGUAGAUUCCUUUCGGGAAUCGACUUUGUGCUUGUGCAAAAUUUCUUCCAACUUGAUAAAAAUUAGAAUUUAACAAAAUCAUCAUGUCUUGGCUAAUGAUAGAGACCAUUGGAUUAAUUGUCACUGUAUUCGUCCUGCUUUAUUACUAUUCUAUGAUAAAGUUAAACUACUGGCGAAAACGUGGUGUUAAAGGACCAAAGCCUCUUCCGUUUUUGGGUAAUUUCAAGGAUGUGCUUCUGGGAAAGGAUUCGACUAUGGACUGUUUCCAAAAAGCCUACAAUGAAUUUAGAGAUGAACCGAUGGUUGGAGUCUACGGAGGUCACGAACCGCUGUUAGUUUUAAGAGAUCUGGAUUUGAUCAAGGAUGUUCUUAUUAAAGAUUUUAACAAGUUUGCUCAAAGAACGCAUGGCGCCGUACGAGAGGUCGAGCCAUUAUCUGAGCAAAUCUUCAGGUUGGAAGCAGAAAGAUGGAGACCUCUAAGAAUCAAACUUUCACCCUUCUUCUCGUCAGGAAAGCUAAAGGAAAUGUUCCAUUUGAUGACAGACUGUGCAAACAGUUAUGACAAGUACCUAGAGAAAUUAGCAGAAAAGGGCGAACCGAUUGAAUUUCGUGAUACUGCCGCGAAAUUCACCAUUGACGUGAUCGCUGCCUGCGCGUUUAGUAUUCAGACGAAUGCUAUAACGGAUGAGAACUGUCAGUUUCGUAAAAUGGGAAAGAAAGCUCUUGACACAAACAUCGAACAAUUUCUCACGGAUAGAUUGAGGGAAUAUCCAUUCCUAUUCAGAAUUUUUGGUCGCUUAUUCACUGAUCAUGAAGUUAUCAAUUUCUUUGAAACAGCCACCAGAGAAGCUAUGGAUUACAGAAUUCAGAAUAAUGUUCAUACAAAUGAUGUUAUCGAUAUUUUGGCAGAUUUGAGACAACACCCCGAGAAAAUUAACCUUAAAGAAGCGGAUAGUUUGUUCCUGGCAUCUCAGGCUCAGCUUUUCUUCCUUGCUGGCUUCGGAAAUUCCUCAUUGACGAUCAGCAACGCUUUGUACGAACUUGCAUGGAACCAAACAGUUCAAGACAAACUCCGAGAGGAAAUCCAAAGUAUCUUAAAGAAAUAUAAUGGGGAGAUCACUUAUGACGGAAUAUGCGAAAUGAAAUAUUUAAAUGCGUGCCUACUAGAAACUUUAAGGAAGUAUCCAGUAAUCCAAUGGCUGUCAAGAACAGCGAUGGAAACCUACACAUUCUCAGGAACAAAAGUCACCGUACCGAAGGGUCAACAAAUCUUCCUACCUGUUUAUGCAAUUCAGAAAGACGCAGAAAUCUAUCCAAAUCCGGAAGUGUUCGAUCCUGAUAGAUUUUCCGAUGAAAAUAUUAAAACCAGACAUGCAAUGGCUCACUUACCAUUUGGAGAUGGUCCAAGACACUGCAGUGGCAUACGAUUGGCAAAGAAACAGUUGGAGGUAGGAAUGGUCACCAUCUUGUCGAAAUUCAAGGUCGAAGUAUGUGAGAAGACUCGCAAAGUAUAUAAACCUGAUAAGAGACCAUUGUUCCUUCUCCAACCCGCUGAUGGAAUAUACCUGAAAAUGUCGAAGGUUGCAGCAGCAUAAAAGCGAUUAUGAUUAUUUCAUUUCUAACAUAUUUUAAUAACUACUAAAUAGCAGCAAUUAUUAUUAUA